GGAAGCGCUGGCUGUGUGCUGUGUCAGCAUCUUGGAGCACAGGCAGCGAGGGAACUGCAGCACUGGGGCACGUCUGGGGACUCAUGACUUGAGCAGAGCUGGGGGCUGGGGUGCAGGAAGUGAAGAGAGCUGAAGUUAAAACAGGAACUCGGAGCAGACAGGCCCAGAGCUGUUGCAGGCAGCAGGUUUCUGAGCAAAGAGCAGCAAGUUUGCCAGCAGGAGCCUUUAAAGAUGUGGAAGGCCGUUGUGGGACAUGACGUGUCAGUGAAGGUGGAGCCUCAGGGAGACGACUGGGACACAGACCCUGAUUUUGUGGUGAGUGUCUGGCAUGGUAACUGUUAUACUGGUGGUGUGAAGGGUUCCUGGCCCUGGGCACUUGCUGCUCAGCGGGGCCAGGGCUCGGGGCUCAGCACGGGGAACCGUCAGUCACCUCUCUGGGCCACUUCUGCCCCAUCUCCAUGUUUAGUCUCCAGAACUUCCUACAUCACCCCGGGGUACCACCCUCUCUGCCACAGCACAGUGGCUGCGUGUGUGGCUGGCACCCCGGGGAACCCAGAGCGGGCCCACGAUGGCAGCUGGCACUCUGCUCCAUCCCACACUGACCUGCCCUGUCUCUGUCUCACCAGUAUCCAUCAGCUGAGGAACAAGGUGUCAGAGGAACAUGAGGUCAUCAAGAAGAAGGAGAUGGAGACUGGCCCCAAGGCUUCCUAUGGCUAUGGAGGCAAAUUUGGAACAGAGCGGGACCGAAUGGAUAAGUCAGCAGUGGGCUUUGAAUACAAGGGUGAGGUGGAGAAACACUCGUCCCAGACAGAUUACUCCAGGGGCUUUGGUGGCCGUUACGGAGUGGAGAGGGACAAGGUGGACAAGGCGGCUGUGGGAUUUGACUACAGGAGCCAGGCAGAGAAGCACGACUCUCAGAGAGACUAUUCUGUGGGCUUUGGUGGGAAGUUUGGGGUCCAGAGGGAUCGUCAGGACAAGAAUGCCCUUGGCUGGGAUCAUCAGGAGGAAGUGCAACCCCACGCAUCCCAAACAGACUAUGCCAAGGGGUUUGGAGGCCGGUAUGGGGUCCAGAAGGAUAGAGUGGAUAAGAGUGCUGCUGGCUUUGAUGAGAUGGCAGCUCCCACCUCCUCCUACGAGAAACCAAGACCCCUGGAGGCAGGAGCUUCCAGCAGCACCAGCAGCCUGCGGUGGCAGUUUGAACACAUGGCCAGGGAGGAGGAGAGCAGGAGGCAGGCGGAGGAGGAGCGGCUGCGGCGACAGCCCCGGCAGUGCCCGGCACCUCGGGGACAGCAGGAAAUCCCACCGAGAGGGAAGGGGCACACUGGGGCAGCCCCUGCUGCUGUGCCAGCACAGGUGCCCAGGAGUGCCCAUGGAGACCAACCCGUGUCACCAGGAGAGCAGGAGGCCAAAAGGGAGGAUGAGGAAGCACCACCCACUUUGCCACCAAGGCCAGCAGAUCUGGGCACAGAGCUGUGCAAGGUCCCCAGCCAGGAUCAGCCCAUCUACAGUGAAAGUUUGGAUGUUGGUGGAGACUAUGAGGAGCUGCCAGAGCCCUCUGACUACUGUGACAGUACCAGUGGAGGUGCUGACUAUGAGGAGCUGCCAGCCCCACUGGGAAAGCCAGAUGCUAUCUAUGACCUUGGGGAAGAUGGAGGAGAAGACUAUGAGGUGAUCCUUCCUCAGGAGCACAGCCAGAGCCAGCCCCACCUGGCGAACACGGGGGGGGUCUGUGCGGGGCAGGGCCCCGGGACCUGCGCAGUGGCUCUCUACGACUACCAAGGAGAGGGAGAUGAUGAGAUUUCCUUUGACCCAGCCGACACAAUCACACACAUCGAGAUGGUGGACGAAGGCUGGUGGCGGGGGCAGUGCCACGGCAGGGUCGGCCUCUUCCCAGCAAAUUACGUCAAACUUCUACAGUGAAACAGGCACUGUGCAAGCUGCUCCCUUCCAAACUGCUGCCUCUCUCUGCUUCAGCCUCUGCCAUGUUAUCAGCUUCAUUUGGCUCAGCCUGGUGUGUCCACGUUCAGAGAAAUAUCAAGGAGCAAACUGACACUGUCUGAGGGAAUGUUUUGUCUUGUGCCCGAGAGGAUUUUGGUUCCCGUCCACUUCCAGGUGGGAAAGGUGGGAUGGUUUAAGAGCAUAUGAGUGUGAUGUAAGGUGUCUCUUCUACCCAGGCUGCCACACCUGUCAGCUAGCAAACCUGCAGGAGCGUGUCCUGUUCCCAGUGGGGCAAUUUGCAAAGCAGAGACACUGACUCUUGUCCAAGCAAGGCAGAAGGGACGUGAGCUGUGGAACCUUUUUCAGUUGCUGUAGCUCUGGAUCUCAUCCUAACCAGGGUUCAAGGAAAAGAGCACUGGGAAAGCCAAAUUGGCCUUUGUUCCCAGGAAGGGUUUCCAUUUGCAGGAUGACCCACAUUUGCAGGACGGAGCAGAGGAACAUGAACUUAGUCUGUGUGCCCCUUUUGAGCAGUGGGGUGUCUGUCCUUGAGGGCUGUGCUCUCCCUUUUGGGCACAGAUGUGUCAGUGUGUCUGUCCCUGGGGGCUGUGCCCUCCCUCACAGCUGCAGCAAUAAACAGCUUCUGCUCUGGCCUGGC